AGAAACAUAGUAACCAAAAACACCCCAUACUCUCUAUAUACCAAAUAGCAAUAAUAGUAUCUUACAUAAUUUUCCCCACUUUUUUUGUCCUCUCUUAGCUUGCAACUGUCAUCCAAUUGGACACUGUUCUUUUCUAUCUUCUUCUACUGUUUGCUUCUUGGCCUAUGAAGAUAUCAACAACUUGUAUAAGCAACAAGAAAAUCAACUUAUCUAUAAGAAUGGAAGAAGAAACAAUGGCACCACAAUUGAGUAAACCACCAAUAAUACCUUUGCCUAAGGCAAGUAAAGUGAAACAAGGCAUAGUGUCAAUUCUUGGAUCAGAAGCUGAAAGAGGAAAAUCAAGUGCACCCUCAAUUAGAAGAGCAUUUUCAGCUGAUAUGUCCUCUAAACAAUGGCUAGCACAAAAUGGAUUUUUUUCUCCUAUGAAAAGAAUUGCUUCAUCAAAAGAUCUUGCUGUUGUUUCUGCUGCUGAUCGUUCUUCCUCAGUUGAUGUUUGGAGCUCAAUUUUGUCGAAAAAGAAAGAUGAUCAUGACAUGUCGAAUCUUGAAACACCUUAUAUUCACCCUCUUGUUAAAAGAUCAACUAGUUCUUUAAGUGAAAAAAGUCUUGAAAUUUGUACCGAAAGUCUUGGAUCAGAGACUGGCUCUAAUAGCUUUUCCUCCUACACUCCAUCUGAAACCGAAGAUGCAGAAGAGGAGGAAAAAGACGAACAACUACAACAACAACAAUACGGCUCGGAAUCCUUUGAGGAAUUCCGAGCUGUAAAAUAUAAUUAUAGCAAGAAAUCAUCUUCUUUUCCUAAAUCUUUUCCUCCUUCAAUUUCUUCCUUGGCUAAAGGUGACAACAAGCCUUCUCUUCACAUGCAAUCUCGACGCGAAGAUGGUAGAUUGAUUCUUGAAGCUAUUUGUAUUCCUCCUCGAAAUCUUUUUCAUGCACAUUGCCAUAAUGGUCGCCUUCUUCUCACCCUCAUUGAUGAUUGUACUCCUACUUCAUUAUCACAACCGGAGAUGGAGGAUUACGAAGAAGAAUUUGAUGAAGUGUUCGACGAUAUUGAUGAUCAAACACCUCAAUUUGAUUACCAAAGUAUUGAUUGUCCUGAACAAGAAGAAGAUGAAAUAGAAGAAGAGGAGGAAGAAGGAAAAAAGAUAGAAAAGGAGAUCAUUGUGAUGGAGCAAAAGCCAAGAUUAUCAAGUGGGGUUAUAAAUAUGAAGAAAUUUGUACCAUGGUCUAACAAGUUUAAUAAAGCUGUCAACUUAACGGGUUCUGUAUGUUCAACUGAACUGAUGAAGAAGCUAAGUCAGAUAACCUCAGUUCCUCAGUCACUCCCAACUCAGCUAAUCCCAUCUCCACCACCACCGACCGCGGCCUCGGGCUCGGCAACUUUCAAUAUCUAUGAGUACUUUUGGAGGAAGAAGCCAACAAUUGCAAGCAUUGCCAACAGUCUCACAAUUGCAAAAGAAUGCAACAACUUUCUUGCAACCAAUAGUACUGCUACCAAAGCCGAGAGUACAACAAACAUAGCCGCAUUUGAGCAGCAACACAUGGUUUUAAUGAGAGGGAACAACAAAGAAAAUAUCAACUAUUUGGUGCCUUUGCAAAGAGGAUGCAAAGAGCAAAAGAGGUCUUUACUAAUUUGGGAGCCCUAUUGCAUUGCUACCUCCUGAUAUAAAAGAUCAAUUCUUUAAUCCAGUCCUAAUCCAAUUACUAAUCAACCAUUGAAGUAAAUAUAACUAUGUAAUAUUAGUAAGAUUGUAAUUUUCCUCUUUGAGUCAUGACAAAUUUUUACUCUUUUUGCCAAAAAAGGAGUUCUGUACAACCAAAUAACAAAGAGAGAGAUCAUUGCUUUAUAAUUUUAUAU